CUGCAACGCCUGGCGGUAUAGGCCCGGCAGGUGGCCUCAGUACUGGAGGAAGUCAGCCGGCUCCGAAAGCUUCAGGUCUUGGCUUGGCAGGGGGGACUGGAGUUUCUGGAGCUCACCAGACACAGAGCAUCGUUUGUACAUCGAGCAGUAAGCGCGCACGCGCUGGAGCAGCGAUUAGUGCGGCAUUUCGGGCACUGUUUGAUGGAAGUGCGGUCCUCCAUCCCUCGAAUAUUUUAAAUUCUGCCAUGGUUCCAGAGAUACUGUUGUUGAGUCAUCCACACGUGCGUUUGCGGUACUGGAUUUCUGAUAAAAUGAUAUCGCUAGCUCUUGUCCUUAUUGUUGAUGAAGAAAAUCAGAAUCAUGACAAUAAGGAAACUCUCCGAAGUAAUCAGCAUGAGACCUCCAACGCUCCUGGUGUGAAAAACAAGAGUAACGCAACGACAUCGCCACACAACAACAAGCAUCGGCAACCACAUGGUAGAGGCAAAACGGUUCGUAUCUUGCGUGCCCUUUCUCUCCCGCUGGGCAAUCAGAUCACGGAGGAGUCUACUUUUGCGGAGCGCAUCCCGCUGUACACCAGUGUCGACCUUGAUGAUAAAUCAACCAUAACAAGAAUCGAUGAACAACAACAAGCGCUCAGUACUCAAAUUCAUCCUGGUUGUAGUCUUCAUUUGGAGUUACUUUUCGCAAGCAACGCCAAUGGUUCCUUUUCCUUGGCUGUCACAGCUGUGGACGACGGUGGGAUUGGUAACGCUAGGGCUGAACGACGAGGCUCGCGCCUGGCAACUACCUACCUCUUUCGCGGUUUCGGUACCCGUUUCGGCGGUCCAGUGUCUCUCCUGUCACCACCAACUUGUAGUGCUGAUGAAGGAGUGUCCUCAACGAGAAGUACAGCAAAAGAUACACGGCUUGCAUGUUUGCUUGAUGCUGCUGCUCCCAUCAAGUUUCCGAACAAGCACCGCGCGGCAUGGGAAUCAGGGAGAGGCCAAGAACAUGAUGCUCUGAAAACCUUUGUCGACGUUGAUAAAGCUGACCCUUCUAUCAACUUAUAUCAAGGCCAGCAAGGCGGGCCGGGAGGUCGUGGAAACUCGGAUCACGAGCAACGAGAGACUUGUACUGUUGGGCAUGAACUCCAAGAAGAAAGGAAGAUGUUAAUGCAACCUCCCCAAAUUAUAACUGUGGAUGAAAAAGAAGUUCUACUUGGUCGCGGAGGUCACACAACAAGGUGUCCCUCUCGGACGGUAGUUAUAGAGACGAUGAAUAUGACCUCUGCCAAACCAUCUUCGCGGUCUCAACACACGCAAGGAGACUGUCCGAAGCAGCAAUUUGAUUGCACCUUCACGGUAGUCCCGCACCACCUUGGAACUGAAGCUUUGGACGCGAUCCGUCACGGCUGUGCUAUCGCACUCGUGUUCAGAGUGUCCUCUUCAAGUUCGACUUCAAAUAAUACGUCAGCAACAGCUAGAAGUGAAGGAGCCGGUACCGCCCGCGUCUUGACAGUGUGGCAUGACGAUGCUCUCCUGCAGUGGCUCGGCGAGGCCGGAGCACGGCUUUCCUGGGGCUUCCUGGUUGAACAAGCAAGCGCGAUGGAUUUGUUGAGUCAGACUCUAGUGGCGCAUCUUAAACUUCCACAUCUAGAAGUAGUUCAGACGGCUGAUGCAGCCAAUUCCAAGGCCUCUAAAAACUCGUCUAGUGGUGCUACGACGAAUUACGGAAUACAAGCUGUAGAGGAAGACGUCACCAAGAAGCUUUUGGAUGUGUUGACAGCGAAAGAUAUAGGUUGUAAUGCGCCGAAACCGAAUGGAGAACAUUCUAGUUUAGGCUUUUUGGAGAAAUUCGAUGCUUCAGUCGUUACUGACCUUUUACUGGACGACCCGGAGCUUCGCCGUAGCGCGGUCAUCCAAGAAAGAUGCGCCGCUUUGAUCGAAUAAAGAAUCUUUGGCCGAAAUACGAAUCGUCACACGAGAACAGCACAGAGAAAAAGUCUAUGUGGUAGUUCAAAGAGGGUGGAUAUCAAAUCUCAAACUUUUUUGCACUGAAGCUUUGCUCUAGGAUGCGUCGAAAUAGUUUGCUUACAUGGUCUUUAUGUUUUCGUCGGACGUAGAAAGAGUUUGAAUUCUUCAAGAAUUGCACGUCAUGCAUUUGCAUUUCUAGUGGUCUAAAUCCAGUGGAAAACUAAUGAUUACAUAGUAUGAGUGUUGCUGCAGGAGCAGAAGAUGAACAAUCUAGUUGUAGUACAACUACGAACACGGACUCUUGCUCUGCAUGAUACCCGGUCAACAGAAACUGAAUUCAAGUUGCUGUAAUAAAUUGAAAAUCAUAUUGUACCUGGGUGCUGAUAGAACUCGACAGAAAAUAUAAUCUGAAGCGAACAGUGUGGAGAUAUGCGAGCGCUGUUGUUGUGAAUUAAUAAACUACAGUGCUGUUCUACCUCAUUCUACGACUUCUAUGUGACUGUUUGACUUCUCUUAUUUGCGUUCCAACCUCUGAUGUACAAGAAUCUUCACUAUUGCGUCCGCGAUAAUGGGGACAAUGAUCAUGAUAUUUAUGUUUUACAUGCCCUUCAGAAGAUGGGACGAUGACUUCUGAUUCGUUUUGUGCAUUCGAUCCAACGAGAAGCUGGUGAGCCGAUCCUUGUCUGCUG